AUGGCAGCUCUUAUCGCAAAAAAGCAAGAGGAAUGGAAUUCACAAAAAGUAAGAGAUUUGUUGCGUCUCCCUGAAAACAAGAAAUGCUUCGAUUGCCCCACCAAGAGCCCAUUCUUUGUCAAUGUCAGUAUCCAAACGUUUGUGUGUACUCGUUGUUCAGGACUUGUCCGAGAAGUAGGGCAUCGAGUAAAGUCAAUCUCGGCAAGUAAAUUUUCAGGACCAGAGAUUGUUGCCUUACAGCAUGGUGGCAAUGAAGUUGCUCGCACGAUUUGGUUGAGUAAUUACAACAUGAACACAGCAGAACCUGAGUCAGACGGAGAUGUGAGAUUAUUCAUGAGACAAAAAUACUAUGAGCAGAAAUGGUUGGAUCGAAAAAAGGGUGUAGCUCAUGCUGAGCGAGUGAAGCGCAUCAUCACGGAAACAUACAACGAAGAAGGUAUUCGAAGAGUGCCCAGUCCUAAAGUUGCCAAGAGGCAAAGUCUCAAUGUCGCAACAACCACCGAGAGGCCGAAAAUAGUUCCCACUCCAUCCUGGGUCGAUGAUAACGUGCCCAUUGGUUUGAUCCCCACUGUAAAGACAAAUGCCACCACUGUGGAUCUACUAUUGAAUGAUGAUUUAAUGUUAUCUCCAAAGUCGCCUACAUUUCCAUCCCCUCCUCAGCCAUCUAAUAGUACUAGCAGAAGAUUGCCUAUCGCACCUUUAGCUUCGGCUCCGCAAUCACAGAAACCAACACCAGCAGCAGUGCAACCUGCAAAGAAUGAUUUCUUUUCAGAAUUAGCAGCAUUGAAUCCUGUAAAACCUGUAGCCACGGCAACAUAUUCUGGUGGCAUUUUGCAACCCAACUCACCAUCAUCCUCAUCACCUUUGACAAGUAACUUUCAAAUCCCAACACCAACUAGUCCUAUUGCACAGCAAAAGGCGGCCACUACCGCAAGCAACAACAAUAGCAGGCCAAUUAAUCUGGACCCUUAUGCCGCUUUACGAGAUUUAUCCAUAGGAUCAAAGCCUGUUACUCCACCACCAAUGACCAAAAUGGAGUCCAGCGAUUCACUGUCAUUUGGCGAUUUUCAAAAAUCGCCUACUACAGCAACUUUUACUGCAUUCAAAACCACACCGACCAACAAUGCGUUGUUUAGUGAUCUGGACCCCUUAUUCAAACGAUGA